GUGACGUCAGCAGGAUGUAAAUGUAGCGCCUCGCGGCCUGAUCGGUCUUUUUCCUCUCCCGUGCUGUUUGGGCGGUUGGCCUGCUCUCUGUCUCUGGGAAGAAUUAACACCGAAGCAGCAAAAUGAUCAUCUACAGGGACCUUAUCAGCGGUGAUGAGAUGUUCUCAGAUGCCUUUAAAGUCAAAGAAAGUGAAAACGGGAUCUUCUUUGAGGUUGAAGGAAAGACCGUCACCAGGACAGAAGGGUUUGAUGAUUCUCUAAUUGCAGCCAACGCUUCUGCCGAGGAAGCAACCGAGGGCAACGAGGCUUCCACAAUCUCCGGUGUCGACAUCGUCCUGAACCACAAACUGCAGGAGACGGGCUUUGACAAGAAGCAGUACAUGACUUACAUUAAGGACUACGUGAAGGCUGUUAAGGCCAAGCUGCAAGAGACCAAACCAGAUAGAGUGGAGAGCUUUAUGGCUGACAUCCAACCAGAAGUCAAGAAGAUCUUGGGGAACAUCAAGAACUACCAGUUUUUCACAGGAGAGUCCAUGAACCCAGAGGGCAUGGUUGGUCUGCUGGACUACCGUGAGGAUGGCAUCACACCAUUCAUGCUUUUCUUCAAAGAUGGCCUGGAGAUCGAAAAAUGCUAACUACCUGGAAUUACAUCUGCCAUUCACCUGACUGCUGCUUCCAAAAUGGCCUACAAAGCAGACUGGAGGAGCACUACCUUGCAUCAUGCCUGAACAGAAACAUUGUCCAAUUUCUUAAAUAUUCACAUUACGGCCCACAGAACCGCUCCCAAACCUGGGGGGUGAAUCAAACAUGAUUAGUCACCGAAUACAGUUUUUAACCUCUUCUUUUUGGCUUUUGCAGUGUUUGAUUUUUGUCCCAGGAUUGGCCCAGUUUUUGUGAUUGAAACAAAAGGCUGGACAGCGAGCAAAGCUCUGACUGGCUGAAAGAAGACAUUUGUUUUCUGUCUGCAUAACUGUUUUAGCAACGAUCCAUACAGGUUGGCAUCACCAGACCCCUUUGAGUUUGGGUUUGUGGUUGCAUUAAAUAAGAUUCCAUCUACAAUAAAGACUUAUGGUUUAAUUUGAAAACGAAUAAAAACGAGUACCACAA